AACCCUUGAUUUUCUCUUUCCUUUCUUCCUUGUUAAAACUCUAACCAAUUUCAAAUCUCUCUCCUCUUUCUCUCUCUUCUUUCUCUCUCCGCGGCAAAAAUAAAGCACAAAAUAUAUACUGUAGUAGAACUAAAUUUCCGAUCUCAAAUAUUGCAGGAAAGAUUUAACUUUCUCUCUCUACCUUGUUUCUUCGCUCACUCCAAACGACAUUUUUUUCUCUCUCUUUAUUGUUUAUUCUGCAUGCAAACUUUCAACAGCAUCCGUCAUCAUCAAUAUUAUCAUUGUCGUUAUCAUAUAAUCAGCUUAGUCUAUGAAUUUCGAGAAUCGGAGGAGAAAUUCGCUGCCAAAUUUAGGGUUUUUCAAGUUUUGUGAUGUCAUUUUCAUUAUUUUUAGUGAAUAAAUGCUCGUUUCCGGGGAUCUAGGGUUUCGCGUUGCUGUUUUCUUCAUCUUUGUGCUUUUUCCGGCGUUUGGCUUUGUUCUCCGUCGAAAAUGGCGGCUUGCUGUGGCCAGACAAGACGAGAUCAAUCGCCUUCUUGUUUUGGCCUCUGAAGAGGCUGCGAGAGCUGAGCUUGAGGCUUCGUUUGGAUAUACUACUUCGAUUUCAAUUCCGUCUCAGCGGUUUUGUGCUGUUUGUUUCACUCCGACAGCGAAUCGAUGCGCCAGAUGCAAGUCAGUCCAUUAUUGCUCUGGCAAGUGCCAAAUUAUUCAUUGGAGACAAGGUCACAAGGACGAAUGCCAUCUAUCGGUGGACAAUUCAGAAAUCAGUGAUGAUGAAGUCAGUUUUGGGGGCGAUAACAAUCAACUUUAUCCUGAUCACAAUAUUCCCAUCAUUGAAAAUAGUGGACGGAAAUAUGAUGAACAAGCCGAAACUGGACCUGAAAUUACCCCUCUUGCAUUUCCUCUGGAAUCAUCUGUAAAGGAUGAUAAAAGGACAGUUCAUCACCCUUCACUAAAAGAUGAACCAGUUUCUCAAGAAAAACUUCAUGACAUAACAGAAGUAUCUUCAUUUCAUGCAUCUUCGUCUAGUGAUGGCAUGUGCAUUGAUGACUCCAUCUCUGAUGUUGAUAGUUUGCACGAUCUUAAUUCUGAUUCAGACGGUUCUUGUUCCACGCCUCACAACCAUGAGACAGCUUCAAGUGAUACACACGCGGAGAAGAUUAAGACAUUAGAAAACGAGUCAUAUUCGAGGGUGGUGUCCAAUGGUAAUAUCAAUGGUUCCUGUGAUUCAAAGGAAGAAGCAUCAGGCAAAAUGAAUAGCCCUUCAAGUUUGAGCUUUAGUCGCUCUGCCAAGAACUUAUCUAAACCUUCAAUAGCCACAUCUGGUUUCUGGGAUGGUUCCCUUGAUUAUUGCAGAAGUAGAGAAUUUAUGACUGAUGCAAAGCCUCUUGUUGAUGGCGUAGGCGAUUUCUCAUCAAAUAUGUUUGCACAAGGGUCAAAAGCAUCACCUGAGACUUAUCCUGGAAUUUCUAGCACUGGUAAGUAUGUUGCUGAGCCCACUUUAACAGGAAAAGAUCCUCCCUUAAGGCGCCUGAGCUCUAAAAUAUUGGGCUCCCAGGAGCCUGUCACCAAGGUUAAGGUGAUUAACAUUGACAGGGAUUUGGUGAAGUCUGGAGAAAUAGGAGCUACAGGUGAAACUUUAAAGGACAGUGCCUUGCCAAUUCGUACUUCAGAGAAGGCAAAUUUUUCGAACAGAAACUCCAAAGAUGGUCUGCGUUCAUCAGUCUCAAAGAAAGCUGGAUCGUCAACAAAAGCUCCUAGUGGCUCUCCAUCUGGCAUGAAGGAGCAUAUUGCCCCAGCUAUGAAGUCUGUUACAGCUGUUACAGAUGCUGCUAACCCCUCUCAGGUGGCUAGGCCUGUCCCGGGUACUGCUGUUGGCUUGAAGACGUCAGUGCUAAAAGUUGUAGAGCAGUUUAGAGCUCCAAGAUUGUCCAAAAAAAGUGAUGAUGUGGGAAGAAACAGUGAGAAGGCUGUUUUUCCUUACGAAUCGUUUGUUAAGCUUUAUCAUUGGAACAAGGUGGAACUGCGUCCAUGUGGCCUAAUAAACUGUGGGAACAGCUGUUAUGCCAAUGUUAUCCUUCAGUGCUUGGCUUUUACUCCACCACUUACUUCUUAUCUUCUUCAAGGACUUCAUUCUAAAGCAUGUGUAAAUAAAGAAUGGUGCUUCACAUGCGAGUUUGAAAGGUUAAUUUUAAAGGCAAAGGAAGGGGGACCUCCACUUUCUCCUAUUGGUAUAUUAUCCCACAUACAGAAGAUUGGAAGCCACCUUUCUAAUGGAAGAGAAGAAGACGCACACGAAUUUUUAAGGUAUGCUAUUGACACGAUGCAAUCAACAUGUCUUCAAGAAGCUGGGGUGAAUGCUUCCGGCUCCUUACAGGAAGAAACAAAUCUCAUGGGGCUCACUUUUGGAGGUUGUCUUCGCUCAAAGAUAAGGUGUACAAGGUGCCGUGGGAAAUCUGAGAAAUUUGAACGGAUGAUGGAUCUUACUGUGGAAAUAGAAGGAGAUAUAGAGACCUUAGAAGAUGCUUUACAGAAAUUCUCUGGAACCGAGCCUCUUGACGGAGAAAAUAAGUACAAUUGCGGCAGGUGCAAAUCUUAUGAGAAAGCAAAGAAGAAGUUAAAUAUAUCUGAGGCUCCUAAUAUCCUUACGAUUGCAUUGAAGCGGUUUCAGUCGGGGAAGUUUGGCAAGCUCAACAAGACGAUUCGAUUCCCAGAGAUUUUAAAUCUUGCCCCAUAUAUGAGGGGGGGAAGUGACAAAACACCGAUAUACAGACUUUAUGGGGUUGUUGUUCACUUAGAUAUUAUGAAUGCUGCCUUUUCAGGUCACUACGUAUGUUAUGUUCGGAAUGCACACAACAAAUGGUACAAGAUUGAUGAUAGCACGGUCAAGCCUGUGGAUCUGGAGAGAGUGCUAAACAAGGGAGCGUACAUGCUUUUCUAUUCAAGAAUCUCUCCACGCGCUCCAAAGUCAAUUCGAAGCGCUAUAGUCUCUCGUGAUUUGCCGGUUAAGGUAAAAAAUCCAGAGGUUGAUUCUUCUCGGAGCAAUUUGAGGAGUACUAUUUUAAGACAGAGAGAUUCAUCUGCGCAAGCGAAUCAUAAUGACACUGGCUACAUUCAUCAAAGUGGAUCAAGCCUCCCACCAGUGCGAAAUAUUCUUGAUUUUGACUCAUCUAGUGAUAAUUCUUCGCUGUUUAGCAACUCCACAGAUGAAGUCUCAAGCAGCACUGACAGCAACAGGGAGUCUAAUGCAGAUGAUUUUUCAGAGUAUAUUUUUGGUUAUAAUGCCUUCUUUAGGCACUCAGAUUCAGACACCUCUUCUUCCUCCUCUUCUUCCUCUUCUCCUGAAUACACAAAACGUUCACCCCUUUCCAAUUUAGAGAGGUACGCUUCUGCUCUUCCUGAUGAUAAUGCUCAUUCAGUUUUACGGGAGGAUACUUCUUGGGCAAAGGCGCCUCAUGAGGCUUCUAGAGCAGAGGAAUCAGGUUCAGUGGGUGAAGUUUCAUUUUUGCAUUCUAACAGUAGUAGUAAGCAAGUUAGGAAGGUAGUAAAUAUUAGUAGUAGAGAGACUGAUGUCGAGCAAGUAGGACGGGCUAACCCUUUGGAUAAUGGAAAAUCUGGUGUACAUCUGAGACGACCUUGGAGAAAAAUUACAGAUUGAGUGUUCCAUCAUAUAAUGUUAAAAGGGGAAUAAUGUUUAAUAUUAGUACUCCUUUUCCCCCCAUUUUUUGUUUUUCCUUGGUCUUUUGAGGGGAAGGGGUCGGAAAUGUUGUAUGUAUGUAAGUUACUGUUACAUUUGUAUUUAAUGAGAAGGUAUAAAAAAAUUAAAAUCUUAA